CACACUACAAAUACCCACACCUCACUCCCCAUAACACAUGAUCACAUUUCACAAAACCCCUUAAUUAACAAAAUUAAGGGCACCCCAACUAGUCACAUUAAGAGUAACUAAAAUAAUUUGAUAAUAAUGGAGGGAAAAGAUGAAGAUGUGAGAGUUGGAGCAAAUAGGUAUAGAGAGAGACAAGCAAUAGGAACAGCAGCACAAGCAGAAGAAGAUGGGAAGGACUAUAAGGAACCACCAUCAGCACCAUUGUUUGAGGCUGGUGAAUUGUCAUCCUGGUCCUUCUACAGGGCAUGCAUAGCUGAGUUUGUGGCCACGUUUUUGUUUCUCUACAUCACAGUGUUGACAGUUAUGGGUGUGGCUAAAUCCAGUAGCAAGUGUAACACUGUUGGUGUUCAAGGGAUUGCUUGGGCUUUUGGUGGCAUGAUCUUUGCUCUUGUCUAUUGUACUGCUGGAAUCUCAGGGGGUCACAUAAACCCAGCAGUGACAUUUGGUCUGUUCUUGGCGCGAAAGCUGUCACUAACAAGAGCAGUGUUCUACAUAAUGUUUCAGUGUUUGGGGGCCAUUUGUGGUGCUCUGGUUGUAAAGGGGUUCCAGCCACACCAAUUUGAAAGGCUUGGUGGCGCUGCCAACUCUGUUAGCAGAACCUACUCCAAAGGUGGUGGCCUUGGUGCUGAGAUUGUUGGCACUUUUGUUCUUGUUUACACUGUUUUCUCUGCCACUGAUGCCAAAAGAAAUGCCAGAGACUCCCAUGUUCCUAUUUUGGCACCAUUGCCUAUUGGUUUUGCUGUAUUUUUGGUGCAUUUGGCUACAAUUCCUGUCACUGGAACUGGCAUCAAUCCAGCUAGAAGUCUUGGUGCAGCCCUUGUUUAUAACAAGGACCAAGCUUGGGAUGACCAUUGGAUCUUCUGGGUAGGCCCCUUCAUUGGGGCAGCACUUGCAGCUUUGUACCAUCAAAUUGUGAUUAGGGCCAUUCCCUUCAAGUCAAAGUAAUCCAUCAUGCAACAUUAUUAAUUGGCCUGAAAUAAUAUUAAUAAUAGUAAUAACAAUAAUAACUGGUUUAAUUAGUCUUAAGCAGGAUUAUUAUAUAUUCUGAUAAAAAAGAUAUAUGUUCAAUUCCUACAACUUCCACUAUAUAUAUAUAUAUAUAUAUAUAUGGAUUUCCGACCACUUUUAUUAAAUAUAAUUUAUAUGUAUGCUCAAUACUUAUAGUAUAUGUAAAUGGUGCAUUCAAUCCAAGUUAUGGUUGUGGAAA